AUGUCGGGCAAGUCUACCGGUAUCGCGGUGGCUGAGAUGCCUCCUGCUACCAUGCAAGACUUGCAGGAGCUCAAAGUGGAACACGAAUACGAUCUUAACCUCCCUAGUGAGAUCGAGAAGGAAUUGGAUGAGGCUAUCGCUACUGGCGAUAUCGAAAUCAAGGCCCAUGCUGUCGGGGACUUGAUGGAUGACUCUCCCUACCCUGAGGUUCGUGCUGCUGUCCUCAACUACGAUGAAGGAGGCACUGGCAACACCAUCCGCGCCUGGGUCCUGGGUCUCAUCUUCGCUACUAUCGGCUCGGGUCUCAAUGCCCUAUUCUCCCUCCACAGCCCUACCAUCUCCAUUACUUCCUAUAUCGCCGAGGUCGUCGCUUUCCCCUUUGGUAUUGCAUGGGCUCGCUUCCUUCCAAACUGGAAAUUCACCAUGUUCGGCAACAAGCUCGAGCUGAACCCCGGUCCAUUCACCAAGAAGGAACAUGCUCUCAUCACCAUCAUGGCCAACGCAACCUUUGCUGGUGGGUUUGCGUACACCCUUGAUAUCAUCACUGCCCAGCGAGGUUUCUAUGGAGAUCGCUACGGAUGGCCCUUCGAGAUCUUCACCACCAUCUCCACCCAGACUUUGGGAUUCGGCUUGGGUGGUGUGCUGCACCGCUUCCUGGUCGAGCCCGCUGCCAUGAUCUGGCCCUCCAACCUAGUCAACACCACUCUGUUCACAGCCAUGCAUGAGCGUGGGAUGCGGGCACCAGACCCAGCCAAGACUGCUGGUUGGACCAUCAACCGAUACCGCUUGUUCAUGUACAUCAUGACUGGUGCUUUCUGUUGGUACUGGUUCCCGGGUCUCAUCGCCCCCUUCCUGAGUGUCUUUGCUUUUGUCACUUGGAUCAAGCCCAACAACGUUAUCAUCAACCAGCUCUUCGGUGGUGCUACCGGUAUCUCCCUGAUUCCUAUCUCUUUCGAUUGGUCCAUCAUUUCCGGCUACGUUUCCAGUCCUAUGAUCUCGCCCUGGUUCGCCAUUGCCAACACUCUUAUUGGUAUGGUUGCCUGGUUCUGGGUCCUCACCCCGGCGCUGCACUACACCAAUACCUAUUACGGAAAGUUCCUGCCCAUGUCGGACUCCGACAGUUACGAUAACACCGGCAGUGUUUACAAUGUCACCAAAAUUCUGACUCCCGAAUAUACAUUCGACCUGACAAAGUAUGAGAGCUAUUCCCCGCUUUUCCUCUCUACCACUUUUGCUCUCUGCUACGGUCUGUCCUUUGCUGGUCUUGCCGCUGUCAUUGUCCACGUUGCCUUGUUCCACUCAAAGGAAAUCUGGCACCGCUUCCGCGCCGUCAACCAGAAGCACGAAGAUAUUCACUCUCGCCUUAUGGCCAAGUACGAGACUGUGCCCAUCUGGUGGUAUGCUAUCGUUCUUGUCAUCAUGACCGCUAUCGGUCUGGCAACAGUGCUUUCCUACCCCACCCACAUGUCCUGGUGGGCGUACUUUGUCUCUCUCAUCAUUGCAUUGGUCUGGACCCUGCCUAUCGGCAUGAUCCAGGCUACCACCAACAUUCAGCUGGGUCUGAACGUUAUCACUGAGUUUAUUGUCGGUUACAUCCAACCUGGCAAGCCCAUGGCCAUGAUGCUCUUCAAGACAUACGGUUACAUUACCAUGUCCCAGGCAUUGUACUUCUGUCAAGAUAUGAAGCUUGGCCACUACAUGAAGAUCCCCCCUCGCGUCACCUUCUGGGCCCAGAUGGUCUCCUGCAUCUGGUCCUCAGUCGUGCAAGUUGCAGUCCUGAACUGGGCCUUCGGCAGCAUCAGCGACAUCUGCUCCUCAACCCAGCCCAAUAAAUAUACCUGCCCUAACGGCCGCGUCUUCUUCAAUGCCUCUGUCAUCUGGGGUGUCAUCGGCCCGAAGCGCAUGUUCUCCAUCGGCCAGAUGUACGCCUCCCUCCAAUGGUUCUGGCUCGCCGGUGUUGCCCUCCCCAUUCUCAUCUGGCUCGCCGCCAAGAAGUGGCCCCACAGCAAAGCCAAGUACCUCAACGCCCCUGUCAUUUUCAGCGGUACCGGCAUGAUCCCUCCUGCCACCCCCCUGACUUACCUGGUGUGGGGUACCGUUGGAUUCAUCUUCAACAAGUUCAUCCGUAACCGCUGGCGUGGCUGGUGGAUGGAGUACAACUAUGUUGUUUCCGCCGGACUGGAUGUUGGUACUGCAUUAUGCUUGAUUGUUAUGCUUUUCGCUAUCAGUCUGAGCAACUCCUCUUUCCCUACCUGGUGGGGCAAUGGCAAGGCUCUUGAGACUAUGGAUUAUAUGGAUACUGCCAUUAAUGUUGUCUUGCCUGCGGGUGAGAAGUUCGGACCUACCAAGUGGUAA